GACGGGUUUCAUCAGAAGAUGACGAAGAAUCGCGCGGCUCAGAUCAUUCGUCCCCUAGAUUCACGCAUGAUAUCAGAUGAUACUUACCUCUGAUCCCAUCUAGACCGCCCACGUGUCGUUCAAAAUUCCAUCACCAUAAAGCCCAACCCUUUAUAUACCUUCCCUUCGCUCUCCCACCCAACUUUCUUGGCCUCACAAAGCUCAGCUUGCUAACCGACGUCCAAUGAUUUUCACAUCCCCAAAAUACCCUCGUAUCUCCUUCAAAUUUCCAACCUCUACUUUCCACUAAAUUGGAAAAGAUAAAAAUAAAAACCAAGUACACUAACGAAUCUCAAAGCUUUGGAGGGUGACUGGGAAAAUGGGAGAGCCGGAGGCGCGUGAGAGCGACGAAGAGCUGUGCCUGUUGUCACAUCAGAGCAAUGGUGACCGGUCAUGGCGGCUGAACUUCGAUGGUUUCCAGUUAUCUCCUGAACACAAAGACAAAAAGCCUCCUCGGAGCCUCCAUGAUUGCCUUGGGGUUUCGGGUCCAGAAGAUAACGUGGCUGAAUACUAUCAGCAGCAGGUAGAAAUGCUUGAGGGUUUCAAUGAAAUGGAUGCCUUGGCUGAGCGUGGCUUUAUUCCUGGAAUGUCAAAGGAAGAGCGGGAAAAGUUGGCUAGGAGUGAGACAUUAGCCAUUAGAAUUUCCAAUAUUGCAAACAUGGUUCUUUUUGCUGCGAAAGUUUAUGCUUCAGUCCGAAGUGGCUCAUUAGCUAUAAUUGCAUCCACAUUAGACUCUCUCCUUGAUCUUCUUUCUGGCUUCAUCCUCUGGUUUACUGCAUUUUCCAUGUCAACACCAAACCCAUAUCAGUACCCAAUUGGAAAGAAAAGAAUGCAGCCACUGGGUAUCCUUGUUUUUGCCUCUGUCAUGGCAACUCUUGGACUGCAGAUAAUCCUGGAGUCAGUGCAAACAAUGAUAUCGGAUGAGGAUGAAUUCAACCUGACGAAAGAGCAAGAGAGAUGGGUUGUUGUCAUUAUGCUUGGAGUGACCGUGGUAAAGCUUCUCCUGGUGUUUUAUUGCCGUACAUUUACGAAUGAAAUUGUCAAAGCUUAUGCCCAGGAUCACUUCUUUGAUGUUAUAACAAACAUCAUUGGCCUUGUUGCUGCGCUUCUUGCUAAUUACAUUGAUGAUUGGAUAGACCCUGUUGGAGCUAUCAUUCUGGCUUUGUACACUAUACGCACAUGGUCAAUGACAGUGUUGGAGAAUGUGAACUCAUUAGUCGGAAGAUCAGCUGCCCCUGAGUAUCUUCAGAAACUGACCUAUCUCUGUUGGAACCACCACAAGGCCAUAAGACAUAUCGACACAGUCCGAGCUUACACCUUCGGGUCCCACUACUUUGUGGAGGUUGACAUUGUUCUCCCAGCAAACAUGCCCUUGCAGGAAGCUCAUGAUAUUGGAGAAUCCUUGCAAGAAAAGCUCGAGCUACUGCCUGAGAUUGAGCGUGCCUUUGUUCAUCUCGAUUAUGAAUACACUCACAAACCUGAACACGCACAGGCACAUGCUUUGUAGGCAGAAGCUAGAGAGUCUGAUUGUCUGUAAUGCUAUAUUUUUGUUGGUUAUUUUUGUUUCUACCAACAAAUUCUACAACUUGUGCAUGCUUGGGAAAAUUGAGCUAUAUAAAAUUAAUGUAAACUGAUGGUAAAUAUUGGUAAAACCCAGAUGUUUACGAAUUGUAAGCUCCUCCAUUAAUGCUCAGGUAGGUUUCUUUAACUCUUUGGUGAGAUCAGUUUUGUAGGCAAGGUAAAGUUGAGGAUUGAUUUAGCCAUGGAGUUGGAUGUAUGGCUUUGGGUCUUCAAAUAUUCACGUGGAGAAAUGUGGAAAUCAUAUCCUUAAGAGUCAUUGAAAAGUACCUAACUCGGUGCAAGUGUCACGAAUUCGCGUUUGUAACUCAAAAGACAUUGCAAUUAAGAUCAAAAUCUAUGCUGUU